UGGAGUUAGCUUCUUUCUUUCCUGUCGCCAAGGCAACGAAACCAGGCAGCAAGGACAUGUAGGUCAGCGGCUUCUUCAGCAAAUCCAAUAUGGCGGCCUCGCAGCUUCGUGCGGCUGGGUUAAUCAUCUUCCGUAGAAAAUGUUUUAGAGGGCCUUUUGAAUAUCUUCUGCUACAAACAUCUUACGGAAAGCAUCACUGGACACCGCCAAAGGGUCAUGUCGACCCAGGAGAGUCAGACAUGGAGACAGCCCUGCGAGAAACCGAGGAAGAAUCAGGACUGGAACGAGACAGUUUGGACGUUAUGGAAAAUAUACGGAGAACUUUGAAUUAUGAAGUGCGAGGAAAACCAAAGACUGUUAUUUACUGGCUUGCAGAACUGAAGGAUUAUGACGUUCCAAUAAGGCUUUCCAGGGAACACCGGGAUUUCAAGUGGUUGACUGUUGAAAGCGCUUGUGAACUGUUGCAUGAUACUACAGGAGUAGCUUUGCGAGAAGUGGACCAUGAAAUAAAGAACGUGAGAGACUUUUAUGUCGAUACAUACUGAGAGAUACUGCUCAGAGCACGUGCCAUAAUAUAUAAGAUUGCAUUGAUUAUCCUGAACAUUUUUUAUGUAACUAGUUAGUUUAUUAACGUUAUUUUGUUCUGUUUUUUUGUUUUUUUACUUUUAAACGGUAUCAAAUGAACACGAAAUGAUCUUAAGCUUUGCAGUGUCAACAAUGUAAUUGCAUUUUCAGACUGAGAGUCGAGUGCUGUUUUUUCAGACUUUAAAGGCGGUUGCAUAAAUUUUAACACACCGCAAAGAAUUGAGAUCCAUUAAUUGGUGUUUCAGUCGCUUUUCAUGCAUCAUUCACAUUAAAUUUUGAGCAUUUACUACUGGCCACCUCUUUGCGGUGUCCAAGAUUUUUCAUCUCAACCAUGAAGAUUCAUAAGCUUUACUGUUAUGGAAGUCUCCUUACUAUGGGCUCUAUAAAGUUUACUCAAGGUGUAGAAGACUCAGUUGAUGUUAACCAGUAGAAAACAAAAGGAUGAAGGAAUAAGGAAAACAAUAGGUUUGUGAGGUGGUGUUCUACUGUGACGUGACCUCUCUUCGACAUCAAGAAGAAGCCUUACUAUGGCUUCCUCUUUACAUAACACCAGCGAGUGAGUUUGCAUCAUAAUCUAAUGAUGCAGAUUCCUGGCAUGAUUAAAGUUAACUUUGCUUUUUCAUUUCCAUUGGUUAUGUUAUAAAACAAUAUUGAUUCAUACCUUCAGCUGUACAUCGUCCAGUUAUGAUACACACAAGAAGUUUGGAGGGUACUCUAGAAGUGUGGCUCUCGGCUGCAUCUUGAGCAACUCUUGUACUGUACUGCAAGCAGGCCCUUUCCCUGUGAAGAGCCUACUCACAGGUGUCUAUGGUUCUUGAGUGCCCUCCAAACUUCAUGUGUGCAUUAUAAACUCAAUGAUGCACAUUAAAGCACGAAAAAAACAGGCACUCUGAAUGGUUCCUAACUAUCAGCUUAUCAACUGGUUUGUCAGGAGCAGAACAUUACUAGAAUUGUGCAAAUGAGCACAAAUUAAAAAUGCACAAAUUGGAGACAAAUGUUCCAACUGAAGAUAUUAUUUUGUACUCUGAAACGACAAAAACAAUAGAUCUCUUCCUCUGAUCACAUUGAAGUGCAAAAUGCAGUUCACAUCUAGUUCCAGUGAAAGAGAAACAUUGGCUAGUAGAUUUCAUUAUGAAGUUAGUGUGUGGUAUGGCUGUUGAUUUGCACUUGUCAUUAAAACUUUGUGUUUUGACUCACUCUACAGUCAAACCAAAUACCUUAAGACUCAAAAGAUAUACAGCAAUAGUGCACACUAACUUGUCUGAUGAGAAAAAUGUGGUCUGGAAUGUUAACAAGUCAACAAAAAAAAACACCUUGAUUACUGGAAUCAAUAUACUUUGAUUAAUAAUCAAUAACAAUAACGUUUGGCAUCUUUAUUGCCUUGUAAUAAUGACACUCAUUUUUCACAUCAUUGGCACAAGGUGUUCAGAAGCUGAUCCUGCCCUGCUCAGAGAAUUGGGAGGAAGGAGGUUGGAUGCUCUGUGGGAUUUAAUAAGUUAUGGUUCUCAUGCAUCAACAUCUCCAUAAAGGUUUUAAUGGAUGUUUUGCUUUAAUUCAGGCAAAUGCAGGAAGUUGAUAAGUAGCCAGUACAAAACUUGAUAUGAUACAUUGGCAGACAGGGAACGCACUGACAGAGAAACCAUUAAAGAUAUAAGCGAUAACACGGA